UCCCUCUCGAUAAAUAGAUGAAGAUUCAAGGGUACUUUCGUCAUUUAAAUCACAAAAGGUAGGGUUUGAUUCAAAACCAAUUUAUAAUCGCGUUGGUUCUGUGAUCAUCCCACCGUAUGUCGGUUCGGUUCCUUAAAAAAAAAUCAUCCUCCUUCAGGUCGGUUCCAUUUCCCGAUUUCAAAUUUCUCGCUCUCUAAUCAAAACCUAGGUUCCCGAUCGCGGAAGUGAAUAAAUGCUAGAUCACAGCGAGAAGGUCUCGAAACCAAGAGCUGAAGAUAUGAUCGAACAGAACAAGACUAGGAGUAGUAACGAGAAGAAGACUUGCGCCCAUUGUGGUACCAGCAAAACCCCUCUUUGGCGUGGUGGCCCCGCCGGUCCAAAGUCGCUUUGUAACGCGUGUGGGAUCAGAAACAGGAAGAAGAGACGAGGAGUUGAAAAUAAGAAGCAACAGUCGAAGAAAUCAAGUUCCGGCGGCGGCGGCGAUCUGAAACAGAGGAUGGUGGAUUUUGGAAUGGGGAAGCGAUCUACGGUGGAGAAGCAGCGACGGAAGCUCGGCGAGGAAGAGCAAGCCGCGGUGCUUCUCAUGGCUCUCUCUUAUGGAUCAGUGUACGCUUAGAUCCCACCAUUGAAGACGGUGGCUAAUAAGAAAUCAACAAACAAAAAUUAGGGUCUUUUUUUUUCCUGAAUUUCGGAGGGUAAUGAUGAUUGAUGAUUAACAAACGAAUCUUAAGAUUGUCUUUCUCUUAUUUUUGUCGGAAAUUGUUUUGGCUUUGUGUUCUUACAUCAAUUUCUUUCUUUGUAAGAAGAUGAAUGAAGAAUUUUUCUUUUGUUUAA